CUGCUUUAUCAGGACAUGCUUCCUGUAUGCAAUGAGGACAGAGGCAGGCGGAGUGAACAUUAUCUUUAACUCCAGGGUAACUUAUUACUGAGUGUCAUUCUGCUCAGUGUGCUCUUUUAAUACUGAUUGUGCCAAUAGCUUCAGCAAAUAGGCUGGAAGUUCCUACAGUUCAUUCUUUGGGAAAAGGUCAUUCACCUCACACUGUAAAUGCUCCCACUAAAGAGGUGUGUUUUCUUCAGGGGUUGGAGUGUACCUCACCUGUUGGACUGGCCUUCACACAUGACUCAGGAGCAGAAUGAAUCACAGCUCGUAGCACAUCCAGAGCAGGAGGACAGGGAACCUUGCCACUGCAUUGCCACAGGGACAUUACCACUGAUGGGAGCUCGGAGGAGACGUCUUGGGAUGACAGGGCUGAAAGAAGAAAUGUAGCUUCCUCCCUGCUGGGAACUGCCUGUUUCUGGCAUCUGCACCACUGAAGAGACACUGGUGAAGGUGUGAUCCAUUCCAGCUGCAUAUACAAAUAUGAAGAUCUUCUGGUUAAUACCAUUUUUCCUGCUGCAAGACACUGAAGCUUUUCUGAUAAAAAAUGCUAAAUUCAACCUGUGUUUACAAGCCAGUCCAACAAAUAGGAAUUUAUUACUGGAGAACUGUAAUCCAGAGUCAGAUUUCCAGAACUGGUCUUGGCAAGGCGACUCUUUGGUGAAUCAUGGCACGCAGAGCUGCCUCUCUGUGUCAGGAGCUGACAGAGUGCAGACAAGUCUCUGUGCCAGCACGGGCUACACGAGCUGGGACUGCUCCAACUCUCUACUCUCACCUCUGGGCACCAGCCAGAGCUACCUGGUGGCAAACAGGAAAGGAGUUGCUCUCAGUGACGUGAGAGGCCUCAAGGCCCAGUGGCAGGAUGCUGCGGACAGGAGCGUGUGCGAGGAGAAAACCGCCAAGGCGGGGCACAACAGGUACUUCCCAGCUGCCCUGACCAGCCCACAGGUGCAUGAGCACACAGCAGGCAAUGCCGCCCUUCUGCUGGGCAUGGACCAGGAACAGCUGGAGGAGCUGCUCUGGUUCUUCCGCAGAGAAGACCCCUCAACAUGGAAUUACUCUGUCCUUGCUCUGUCCCUCGCAACCUUCAUUUUGGGUCUUGCUCUCCUGACCGUUAACAUUGUGCGAAACAGGAAAAGGAAGAUCUUCAUGAGCAGAAACGCAGAGCAAACCCCGCUGCAGGCUGAGCUGGAUGCCACGAAAGCCCUGAUACCUGUGCAGGAAUACAGUCCAGCUCAGCCACAAAAACAGGAGCCAGUGCCCCAGAACCAGAGACCAGGGGAAGUGGUGGUCCAGUGGAAGGACGGGACCCUCACGUCCCUGUACAUGAAUUUGCCUGAGGAAGCCAUAUAGCAGCAGCUGAAGUCAGACCAUGUAGGCCCUGAGGAAGGUAUUGGAAUAUCUCAUUUUGCAGAGAUGGAAGUUUAAAAAUGCAGUUUAGCCUGGGGAAAGAAAAGACAAAAAGAAGAAAGCAGCAGAGUUGCACCCAGAGGAGAGGCCCUGGCCUCAAGGCAACCCCUGCCUCUCCAGCUCAGCUCUUGCCUGGCUGAUGUUCCCCUGCAGGUUUUGGCUGCCUCCAGCCUUCCCUCUGGCACCAGCUUCACCCCUUCCCUCAGGUGCUGCAAACAGCUGGGAGCUAAGCCAGGGCAGGAGGUAGGAGGUGGGAGGCUUGUCCUGCAGUCAGCCACUUCCCAUCAAGAAAACAGCC